GUGACGUUCAAAAGGGGGUGAAACGUGAUGCCGAUGUGAGUACAGAAGAGUUGGAGAAGGAGAUUCGGUCAGAACCCAAAGAUAUUGAAUAUCUUCAGGACUUGCAGUGGUCAGAGACUGAGGAGAUGAUCACGAAGGCCAUAGCAGCAGUUGUUCCAGUGAAGGUCACAGGACAGAUUCUUCCUGGAGACGAAGGAGGAGGAGAACUUGACUUUUUGGGUCGAAAGAUCUACAAGACUCCCAAGGCUGAUCAGUUGGCGAUGUAUGUCUCUCCUUCUUAUCUUGAUUCUUCGUUUGCCGAGUAUGACAUCAAGAAAGGGUCUCAGGCCGCGCCGGAUGUGGCAGCUCAGUUGGAGAAGACCGACGAGGCAUCAGGUCAGAGGUUAUCCCCAGAAGCAUACCAACGUUUUAGAAGGUGCCUUGGUCGCUUGCUUUGGCUGUCGCAGUCACGACAGGAAAUCAAGUUGUGGUUGUCGCUGAUUGGGGUGAAGCAGGCAGAUCCAACGCAGUCGACAGAAGCAGCGCUCAGAGCAGUCAUGAGGUAUCUUUUAGGUCAUAGGCAGGCCAGUUUGGUUUUCCCUUCACCGCAGUUUCCCAUCGACCAUGUUGAGAAGGACUUGUUGGGUAUUCACAUUCACGGAUACUGUGACGCGUCGCACGGACCAUAUCGAUUCAAUAUGCGGAAGAGCAUUUCCGGUGAAGUGUUGACGUUUGAACAAGGUCUCAUUAGAACUGCAGCCAAGCAACAGCAACCGGUGGCGCUCAGUUCGUGUGAGGCUGAAACGUACGCAUUGCAAGCAGCAUGCCAAAGUGCAACUUCAUUGGCCAAGCUUGUGAAGAGGAUCAUGGUGGGCCUGGGUGAAGCUUCGGACACAGACCAGGUCAUGACAGCAGUAGUUGAAGUUCAAGAGGCGUAUCCGUUUGUUUUUGUAGAGAUUUGUUGUGAGAAGGGUUCCCAGUUGCAGUUGGCGUGCAAGACCUCCAAGAUUCCUUACAUUGGCAUUGUGUCAGAUGUGCAGUCGAAGGCGUUGCAACGACAAGUUGGAGAGCUAUUAAGGCAACAUCGUGAAGCUGGACGUUGGAUUCAUGUGCACGCAUCCACACCUUGUUCCAGCGGUAGCCCGCUGAAGGGCUUCACAGGUGAUCGAGAGCCGACUGCAAGUGACGUUGAGUGGGAAUCCAUCAUGAAGGCAAUUCCCACCAUCAUGGAAAAGGGAGAUUCGCGUAGCUUUGAACUACCAUGGCGAAAUAGCAUAUGGAAACGAGAUUUGACUACAACGGUGUUGCAGCAGUUAGGUUUGAACCAGGUGUGUAAGGUGUACCUGUGUCAAACGGGUGUUGUGAGCAAGAACAACCUACCAGUAGGAAAGGCUUUAGCUUUUGUCUCGACAAGCAAAGGGUUUACAGAAUCGUUGCAUCGAAGGUUUGGAUCGUGUGCAUGCGCCCAGCAUGCGCCCAUGGACGACGUAGAUUUCAGCAGAACUGCAGCGUAUUCGAGGCAACUUGCAAGAGCCAUCCUUCGGGCAGUCACUCAAGCACGGAAGAAUCCGUGA